AUGGCUGAGGUUCUCUCUCUGUUGGGGUGGGGAUUUGGGGUAGGGUGGCUAUUGGGGUCGAGGAAGUUCAGGGGGCAGCUAGGUGUAUGGUAUUGGUUUCAAAUGAUUGGGGGUCGGGGGAGUGUGGAUGGCUUGGGUGAUGGUUUGGUGGCUCGGUUGGUGGGUUGUGGCUCGGGGCUUAGAUGA